AUGGCUAUCUUCCUCAACACCACCCUCCUCUCCCUUCAAUCCACUUAUCCUCUCCUCAGUUUCCCCUUCCAAACAAAGCUUAAUAAUUUCACAUUCAACUUCAGCACUAACCUUCACUACAAUUACCCUGCCACCACUUAUUUUAAAAGAGAUAGAGCUGCUCCAAUUUUCACCGUCUCCUCAAAUGUCGAUGUUUCCACUUCCACAACAUCAUUCGUCACUGGUUGGACAGAAUUCGCAAAAAAUGCGUCGGGUGAAUGGGAUGGGUUUGGAGCGGAUUUCACGAAGGGAGGGAGACCCAUUGAGCUACCCGAAUCAGUAGUCCCAGAGGCUUAUAGGGAAUGGGAGGUUAAGGUUUUUGACUGGCAAACACAGUGUCCUACUUUGGCUCAACCCCAUGAGUUUUCCCUCAUGUACAAAAACAUUAAGCUACUUCCAACCGUUGGUUGCGAAGCUGAUGCUGCCACAAGAUACAGCAUCGACGAAAGAAAUGUUACUAAUAAUGAGCAAAGCCCUGUUUUGGCAUUUGCAUAUCAAUCUAGUGGGUGUUAUGUAGCUGUUUGGCCUGUUUCUGAGCAGGGUGAACACAAGUUAUUGGAGCUGGAGCAUUGCUUAAUUGAUCCUCGGGAUAAAGAAUCGCGGGUGAGAAUUAUUCAGGUUAUCCGAAUUGAAGACUCUGAGUUGGAAUUACAGAAUAUUAAAGUCUUUGUUGAGCAAUGGUAUGGUCCCUUUAGAAAUGGAGAUCAGCUAGGUGGAUGUACAAUACGUGAUUCUGCAUUCGCAGCCACAGAACCCUUGAAACCUUCACAAGUUAAUGGUGUUUGGCAAGGCCUCAAUGCUGUUGCAACCUUCGAUAAUUCUCAAAAUAUCAUCCUCCAACUUAAGGACGACAAUGUAAGGCAGACGGUCAGAGAAGAGCGCAGCCUGGUCUUGCUCCCUAAGCAACUGUGGUGUUCACUUGGAAAGGGAGAGAAUGAGGAAACUUUCUGUGAAGUUGGAUGGGUGUUGGAUGAGGGGCGGACUAUCACUUCAAAAUGCAUCUUUUCAAGCCACGCAGAGUUGAAGGAAAUUACAAUUGCAAGCGAAGGAGUAGCAAGUUAA